AUGGCAGUAAAUGAAGAUUUUAGUUUUUCUGAACUGUGCAGACUCUGUUCCUUAAAAAGUAGUCAUCAAUUGCAAAUUUUUGAUAAAGAGGGAGAACAACGACAAUUGCUUUUUAAAAUUCGUUCUUGCAUACCUUCUGUGAUAACUAAAGAGGAUGCUCUACCUAAAAAUAUUUGCCAGAAGUGUGUUUAUAAAUUGGAUAUGUUUUACGAGUUUCGAGUAAGCUGUAUGACAACGGAAACGGUGUUAAAGAACUAUGCAGAGAGCUUAAAACAUCUUGCUUUGUCAGUCAACUCUCAGAACGAUAAAGACAAAAUGUCGACGAGUGGUCAACAGCAACAGCAACGUUCUUAUGUAGAAGCUCAUGCUGUCGCGCAUGCGGCAGUUCAACAGCACAUGGCACAGCAGGCUGCUCAAGCAAGACUUGCUGGCCCAGGACCCCCAUCGGCACCACAACCACCUAAUCCUACAUUUACACUUCCUGAUGAUGGCCUUGGUUAUGAUGAUGGGGUUCGUGUGCUCCGUUCAAUUGGCACGUGGUCACCAGAUUAUUCAGCUGCAAUGGCCCGUCCUGGUGGAGUAAUGCCAGUAUUUCCGGGCACGACAGAUCAACAGUUUCCGAAUAACCGAUCAACGACAAUAAAUCAACCCCUUCGGACUACAAAUAAUGUUGCAGCUCGACCGGGCUCUGUAUCAAAAGCGACCAAUACUGGAGAACCAACAACAAAGGCAUUUGCUUGCACGGUUUGUGGGAAAGGAUUGGCCCGUAAAGACAAACUUGUUAUUCACAUGCGUAUACACACUGGAGAAAAACCAUAUUCUUGUGAAGUUUGUGGAAAAGCAUUUGCACGACGAGAUAAACUUGUCAUUCAUAUGAAUAAGCUUCGACACCGACCUGGAGUUACGCCUUUGUCUACUCCAACAGCUCCAAGUACUGAUCAACAACAGCAACAACAACAGCAGCAGCAACAGCAACAACAACAACAACAGCAACAACAACAACAGCCACGUCAAGAUACAGUUCAUAAAUUAAAAGAGGAACCAGUUAGUUGGGCUUGUGAAUUAUGUGGUCGAGUUUUAGCUACGAGAGAAGAGUGGAUGCAGCAUGCGCGAUCUCAUUUGGAAGCUUCAGGACCACCUCAACAUGCUGCUGCAUAUUUCCCUGGUUCAGCACCACCUCCACAACCUUAUGCAUCAGAGAGACACUUUUGCUUAAUGUGUCGAACCGAUUUUACUGAUAAAACGGAAUUCAUGUUCCAUGUACGCUCACAUUUUGAAGCACCUCAAGCUCAACAAACAUCAUCACAACACCCAGGUAUUAAACAAGAUCCUGCAACAGCAGAGCUGAUUGCUCGUGGUCUCGUUGACCCUUCUGGACUUUGCAGCUAGAAUUUUUUCAACUAUCAAAAUGUACCAUCGAUACGUGUCUUACCGUAGUACAACUAAACGAUCACUUUUUACUCUUAUUCACGGUUGCAUUGGCAUGCACUUUGUGAUCAUUUUAUCAGCAAAACAGAUAAAAAAUACACAGUGUCUUCUGAUUAAGUUCACUCAGGGAUAGUACUAUGUUGAUUUGCAUUUUUAUUCUAUUUUUAUGUACUUGUUUAUCAUGUUUUUAUUGUGAACUAAAGAUGACAAUUUAAAUUUUGUCACUGUGUAUUUUUUAACGCGAAUCAAUUCAAUAUACUAGAAAGACUACUAUUAGAUACUUUCAUGACAUUAUUAAUGAAUUAUUGUCAAGCUAGUAUCUAAAUGUAAGUAAAUAGAUAGCACAUGUUUUAAGAUUAAUAGCUUCUUUUUUUUGAUUCUUUAACUAAAUCUCUUUCUCGGUUGUGACCGUGGAAUUGAUUAUAUAAGUUUGCUUAUACGACACUUUUUUACGUCUUCGUAAAUAGUUUUAAGUAAUAAUAAGGAAACUUGAUGAAAAAUACAAAAUAAUCAUGUAAAGAUGCCGUGCCUCCUACUUAACAAUAGUUUAGUUUCGACUGGCCAAAUGAAUAUGACUGAAUACUGCAAUUAUUUGUAUUUUCUAUGCAUUUUUACAUAUUUUAAGUAAAUAAUAGCUAUUUUAAGAUAAAUGCCGAAUAGAAAAAUAAGAUUCAAUUUUUUAUUGAUAUUUUACAAUGCGUAGGUAGUUAAUGACUACAAUUUUUUCAAUUUUUGUUAAAUAUUAAGUUUAACAUUAUUCAAUGUUUUCGAUUAAAAUAUGUAAGGAAGUUUAUUUUAUUUAUAGAAUGUUGUAUUUUUAUAGUUUUCAUUCAAAAAUUUAUGGUAGUAGUAUGCUAUUGAAAUAUUCAAUAUUUCUUAAGAAAUUUUAAAAGAAUCGAUCGUGCAUAAAAACGUCUUAAUAAAUAUCAUAAAACCAUUUAUGUAGGUUUAAUAUCAUUUUUAUACAUUUAAGUAUUCUUCCAGUGAUUUAUGUCAAGAAACGUAGAACUUAUUUCUUACUGAUAAUAUUUUGUAUUAAUUAAUCUAAAUACUUUAAGUGACGGGCUGACAGCGUUCAAAAAAUUUGUUGUUUAAUUUUUUUUUAUAGUUAAGUGCAAUUAUAAAUAUUUUUUAUUAUCGAUAGUACUAUGAUAAUGCAUUCAUCAAUUUUAGUGCAAAAAUCACUCUAAAUUGUGAGAUGAAAUGGAGGAAAAAAAUUUGAUUAUUAAUAUUGAAAAGCAACGAAAUGAAAUUUUUUUAAAAUGUACUGAUAAUAUGUCAUGAGAACUGAAAAAUUUAUUAGACGCAUAGUGCCUUGUCCUUGAAAUUAAUUAUAAAGCUUUUUAUUUUUUUCCUGGAGAAGAAAUCUUUAGUUUAUAAUGUGGAGGCACGUUGGCAUAAUUAUUAUGAGUAAGAUAUGGAUAAUAAGUGUAAUAUUUGUUUUUUUUAUUUUUUUUAUAUUCAUUAAGAAAAAUGUACUUUAAAUGCUAACGCCUUUAGCAGCUGUUUUUAACUACUUUUAUACUGUUGAUGUCAUUUACAGCUAAUCAGAAUCAGUAUAAUACUGCCAUAUUCAUAAUAUUCAUCUGUAUACUCACAAUAUCUUU